AUGCUGGAUGCCUCCACGGGGAAAAGUAAAGGUUUUGGUUUUGUCCUCUUUAACACCGAGGAGGAGGGAAGGAGGGCAUACAAAAAUCUUAACCGAAAGAGCACCAAGGCAUGCCGUCACAACUUUAAUUUGGUAAUUUACCCCUCACAGCACACUGGGAAAGCUGCUGUCUCCCCCUCCAAUGCUCUAUACAUUCGCAACGUUCCUAUCACAGUCCCACGGGCGCAGGUGGAGAGGUUUUUGUCAGCGUUUGGCACCCUGACUUACUGCGCAAUGCGGGCAGACCAUUACGGCAAUCCCGUAUGGGUUAUAUACGCCGAGUAUGACUGCCUAGAUUGCUCCAAGAAUGCCCUUCAGAAGUUGCAUGGUAAUUCAGAACACUUUAANGGGCCUCCGGUGAUGGUCAAAUAUGCUGAUAAUGAUGAGGCCAAAC